UCGUUGGGGGGACGCGCGAGUCCGGUUCAGGGGCCGCGGGGCAGGGGCGGAAGAAAGCCUACGGCAAGCUUGAAAAGCUGUCUGCUUCUGCGUUUGUGCUAAGGACGCGCCUAUAAAUCAGUCGAGCAAGGACUGUAACAUGCCUCCUGUAAACGUGUGAUUGUGGAAGGGUGCAGCGAAGGUGCUUUCUCAAAACAUGAGCGCAGCUGGUGCUGCAGGUGUUGCCCUUGUCCACCAGUACGGAUGCCCGCCAAGGACAGCAGUUGACAAGCUGAUCAUUUCUCGAAGGUGAUCCUCAUAGAAACUACUAAAGACUACAAAGAAUUGAUUCUAGGCAAAAUAACAGUGAAAUAGAUUGUACUGAUCAAGUAAGAUGGAUCCAUGUUCAGUUGGAAUUCAACUUCAAGUUGCCAAUGAGUGUCAUAAGACCUACUAUACCCGUUACAUUGGCUUCAAGACUAAACAAGAAAUAUCAUCAUCAGAUCUGAUGUUACUUCAGCUUAGGACUGGAAUGGCUCUUUCUGAGAACAAUACAAUCUGCUUCCAUCAUGCCACAAUUUACAUUGACAGAUUUGAAGACAUGCAAAGAUCAUGUUGUGACCCAUUUAAUGAGCACAGAAAAUUAUCAAAGAAAAAUUUACGUGCAAUUGAUUUACAUGAUGCAGCUUUUCUAAGUGCCAAGUUUGGAAGACAGUUUGUGCCUGGCUGGAAGCUUUGUCCAAAAUGUAUGCAGAUAAUCUAUGGACGUGUGGAAGUUGAUUCUGAAGAUCGCCAAAGAAGGAAACUUGAUUCAGACGGACGAACAGCUAAAGCUUUGAAGUCCUUGCAGUUUGCUAAUCCAGGUCGACAGACUGAGUUUACUCCAGAAACCAGUAAAAGAGAGAAGAGAAGGCUACAAACAAAAAGUGUAUCAACUACUUCUGACAGGCAAAUUAUACCAGCAAAGAGUAAAGUCUAUGAUAGCCAGGGACUUCUGAUUGUCAGUGGAAUGGACCUCUGUGACUGUCUUGAUGAAGAUUGCCUGGGAUGUUUCUAUGCUUGUCCCAAGUGUAGUUCCAAUAAAUGUGGAGCUGAAUGCCGCUGUGACCGCAAGUGGUUAUAUGAACAAAUUGAAAUAGAAGGAGGAGAAAUUAUUCGCAAUAAACACGCUGGUUAAUGUACAAAUAUGUAUAUAAAUUGGUGUAUUGCAUCUAAAUACAGAACUUAGCCUGAUGAAAAUGAGUGGAAACCAUCAUUACACACAUACAUUGAGUGUUUACAAUUCCGUAUCAAUGUUGAUCUGAUUUUUAGAAAGGCGCUAUAUCAUGUUGGUGUAUUGUCACACUUCAUACCACCUUAUAGUCAACUUAUACAAAUCAGCAACAUGACUGAAAUGUUGCAGUGCAUUACUAGUUAAUGAGAUAUUGUAUCAAAGUGCAAGGGGAAAAUGCUAAAAGAAGUCUGGAAUUAGCUGCUUCAUAUUCCCUCUCUGUAGAGAAUACAACUUUCAUGCAUCUCUUGAUCAUUCUCUACCUUUAAAAUCUCAGUAUUUCUGCUUAUAUUUAUUGUGUCUUUAAAUUAAACUACUACACAUUUUAAAUUUAAUUCAUUGGCAGUCAUGUCCAGUAUUAUGUGUUGCAUAAUCGUAAACACUCUGUCUUCUAAAGUGAGAUAUGGAACUGCCUUCCAUCAAACUUAAAAAAGAUAAACAGCAUGUCCAAUGCACUGGAAAUAUUGAGCCGUGUAUUUUGGGGGAUAUCAGUCCAGUAAAAGAAUGUGGCAUCCUGUUUUAUUAUUCAGGCAACUGCUUUUAGCUGAAUUUUGUGUAGCAUUAUUGAAAUUAAUUGGGAUUAAAGAUAGUGUUUUGUAUGCAAAAGUUGGAUGUAGUUAGUCCAUAUUAGACUGAUGACUAUUUCAGUUUGUUUACUUAGCAGCUGAAAAUCAUCCAAAUGUCUUCCUUCCAUUAAUAUCCAGACUAAAUAUAGACAGUCAGAUUUGAAUGUUAUUCCUUUGAUUGAAAUUGUAUCCCUGACUUGACACCAAAUUAAUAUUUUACACCCAUGUCAGAAAAAAUCAUGGAAAGUAGAUUUUUAAUGCAGAAGUUCUAACAAAUUUUUAAAGAGUAGCAUUUGUACUGUUAAGCAAUCUCAACCUUUUGGAUGAUAUAAACAAAUAUUACUGAGAGUUUUGGCAUGUCAAAUUUAUAUUUAUGGAAUUAUUCACAUCAGUGGUGCUCAAGGAGAUAGUUGCCUUCUUGAUCAAAUUUACUAAUAGCAGAUUUCAUCAUUCUGCUAUUUUAUUAUUUAGUACAUCAUUUUCAUUUCAGUAGAUUUGCAGCUAUAGAACUAAUUCUUAAAUUGUGCGUAGCUGGAUAUGAAAUUAUUUUUACUAACCUUAUCUCUUUAACUUACACUGACAUCUGCUGGUAAAUACUGAGGAAAUACUAAGCAGCAAUUCAAAUUCAGUGCAUUUUUUAAUCUGUUCACUUACUGGGAUAGCCUCUUUAUUAGAUUUUGCGUUCACUGACUAGUAACUAUAAUUUUCUUAUGUAGUAUGUAAAAUAUAUAUGUUAGUAGUUUAAGUUUUUGUAACUUCUGUGUAGCAUCACAACAUUAAAGCACAGUCUCAUCAA